UGCUGCUCGGUGACGUCAUCGAAGUGGGCGGGGCUUCGCUGCAGCGCGGGGCUUCCGUAGAGCCCGCCCCAACAUGGCGCCGCCGUAAGCUAACGUGACAGCGACUUUCCCUUCCAGCAAAGAAGCCAACAACAACAACAACAAAAAAAAGCCUCGACUUGGUGGAGAGCAGCCACGGAGAAGUUUUUCGUAAUAAAAAGGCUGUACAAAUCAAUGCUGGCAAGGGCUGCCCGGCUUUCCCCGAUCAUCAUCUCCUCACGUCGAGGUCCAUCUCUCGCUCCGACCGCCAGACUCGCAGCACGUCAGUGGCGUGCAGCCGGAGCUGCCGCCUCCGUCAGCACAGGGCCGAGAUCCAUGGAGCCCUCAGAGAAGGGCAUCCAGGACCCGGAGGUUCUCGUCCCCAAGUCAACGCCCGACUCGUCUUCUCCCGGGGCGCCGCCCGAGACGCAGGAGUCGUCGUCCACGGUGGGGCUCCGACCCGGUGAGACGGUGGUGAGCGAGGGCAAGGCGACCAUCUUGUUCCCCAGUGCCAACGAGGUGUUUUACAACCCCGUCCAGGAGUUUAAUCGAGAUUUAACGUGUGCCGUGAUCACGGAGUUUGCCAGAGAUGUGCUGGCUCAGCGCGGCGUCAAAGUGUAUCUGCCCGGCGAGAAGGAGCGCGUGCUGGUGUCUCUGUCGGACGACGCAAACGAGGCGGACGCGCAGAGCGAGACGAAGAACGGAGAAGAGAUGAUCACGGCGACACCCGGGGAGAAAUGCGAGCGAGGGCUUCGUGUAUUGGAGGGCUUGGCGGCGUCUGGUCUGCGUUCGGUGCGCUUCGCCUUGGAAGUGCCGGGCCUUCGAUGCGUCACCGCUAACGACUUCUCUAAGAAAGCUGCUGCCCUGAUCGCCAGGAACGCCGAGUACAACAAAGUCAGCGAGCUCCUUCAAGCCAGCUGCAAGGACGCCAGCCUGCUCAUGUACGAGAUGCGAGGCAAGAAGGACGGCUAUGAUGUCAUCGAUCUGGAUCCCUACGGUAGCCCCGCCUCUUUUCUGGAUGCUGCCGUGCAGGCCGUCAAUGAGGGCGGUCUUCUGUGUAUCACGUGCACCGACAUGGCGGUGCUGGCGGGGAACAGUGGCGAGACCUGCUACAGCAAAUAUGGCUCCGUGUCCAUCAAGGCCAAAUACUGUCACGAGCAGGCUCUCCGCAUCAUCCUGCACAGUUUGGACCAGCGGGCCAACGUGUACCAGCGAUACAUUCAGCCCCUGCUCUCCGUCAGCGUGGACUUCUACAUUCGCGUCUUUGUGCGCGUCUUCACGGGACAAGCCACCGUCAAAAACUCAGCCAGCAAACAGGCUCUGGUCUACAACUGUGUCGGCUGCGGGUCUUUCCACUUGCAAAGGAUGGGUAGAAGAACCAGCCAGGGAAAACAAAUGAAAUAUUCUGCUGCGAAUGGGCCGCCUGUGGGACCAUCGUGUGAACACUGUGGGCAGAGGCAUCAGCUGGGGGGUCCAAUCUGGGCGGAGCCUCUUCACGACCAGGCCUUUGUCCAGAAGGUGUUGACAGCGGUGUCAGGAAACCCGUCUCGUUUUGGCACGUCCAAGCGCAUCGAGGGGAUGCUGAGCAUGGUGACCGAGGAGCUGCAGGACGUGCCGCUUUAUUACACGGUGGACAGUUUGAGCAGCACCAUACACUGCAGCACACCACCUCUGCUCAAGUUUAGGUCUGCUCUCCUGCACGCAGGCCACAGAGUUUCUCUCUCACACGCCUGUAAAAACGCCAUCAAGACGGACGCUCUGCCUGCCGCCAUCUGGGACAUCAUGCGCUGCUGGGAGAAGACCAACCCGGUCAAACGGGAGAAGCUUUCGGAGACGAGCCCCGCCUUCAAGAUCCUCGCCACCGAACCCGCCUUCGAGGCGUGUUUCACUGUGCGGGACGACGCCAACCCCCAGUCUCGCCAGCGCCACCUGACUCGGUUCCAGGAGAACCCCCAAGCCUUCUGGGGACCCAAAGCCAGAGCGAAGGCCGGUGGUGGCAUCGAUAACAACCUGCAGCAAAAGCAGAUUAGAAACCAGAACAAGAGGAAGAACCAGAUCACGGAUUCUUCUCCGCUGGGGAACAUUCCCUGCAAGAAGUUCAAACAGGGCACGGGCACACAUGGCGAUACAUGUUCCAACUUGCACGACGCCGAGCACACAACCCAAGAAAAAAUGGAAUAAGUUUUUCUUUUUUCUGUAUUUUAGUUGUCAUUGUGGGCCGACUUUUAUUUUAUUGGGUUUGUUUUCACUUUGACUGUUCUAACGGUCCAAUAAAGCCCAACAUAUCACUUCAAA